GUUUGAGUGGAUGUUGAUGACCUGAUGUUAACACAUUUACAGAGAAAUGUUCUUAUCAAAGUAGAAAACGCAUGUGUAUGGCAGGUAGCGUGUGACCAUUGGCAAUGUGAGGAAGUUAAGAUGUGACAUGACAUCAUUUUCAGAGUAUUUACAGGGAAGUCAAAAUCAUGUCUAGGGCGAGACACUUGUUCACGACAGAUAGUGAGUGUGAAAUAGAAUCUGCUCAAGUCAAACAAGAGGGGAGAACCAUCAUCCCUCCUGAUCACAGACGACUAUGGCCUGUGCUAACUUUGACAUGGACAUUCACGGAGAGGAUGAACAGGGCAGGCCGUUCAGGGGAGAGCCAGUGAUCCAAUACUACCAGGCCUCAGAGCUCAUGCCAGAGAUCAAGGGCCCGCUGCACGACUUGCUGCAGAAACAACCUGCUGUGUUGGGGUCUCUGCAGAUUGUGAGCGGCAUCCUGAGUGUGGGUGUGGGCAUUCUCUUCGCUGUGACCCAGGAGAUGAAAGAGUCUCUCUUUACCCUCUUCAGAGUUUCCCACCUGACCGGAGCGAUGUUCUUCAUCGCUGGAGUCGUUUCCAACCUGCUGUUUAAAUAUCCCACAUUACUGCCCGUCUCCUUUGGGAUUAACUGCGGCUGUAUUGCUGUCGCUGCGGUCGCAGCGUGUCUGAUAGGCGUCGACCUGUCAAAGUGGAGCAAAGACAACGAACACCACCUGAAGAUGGAGGUGCUGGAGCUGUGCAUCUUGGUACUUGAGGUCCUUCUGUCGUCGGUGCUCUGCUUCUGGUUCUUUAAAGAAAAGCGGGCCAAAUCAUCGUGAUCAAGCUGUUGUCCUCGUCCUCCGCGUUAUACUAUGAACUACUGCUCCUAGGCCUGUACAACAAUGCUGAAGCUGCUUUUUGGCUUUCAGUUGCCUCCACUGUCUAUAUUGGUCCUAAACCCCCUGCUGAGCAGCCCCGGCUGUGGUCGUGGUGUGACGUUUAUUAGGACCGAGAGAAGAGUUGUGGUAAACGUGAAAUGUCGCCUUUCCUCAUACAAAAAAAAAAACCCCAAAAAACUCCUCUUCGCCCUCUUCAAACUCGUGCGUCUGUGCAACGGCAGGAGAUGGUCUCGCAGUGCAGCUCCGUCUUUCAU